AUGAAACAAGCUUUGGAUGUCUCUGGCACCACUUCCGGCGCGCCACGCUCGAUCUCCUUCUUGGGGGAGGGCGCCACAGCACAAGUCUAUCUGGCCGAACACGAGACUUCAGGGGCCCAUGUAGCCAUCAAAGUGAUCGACAAGCUGCUGGUGCAGCGUGCACAACUAGAGAGCAAAGUCCGUCAGGAGAUGGUGCUCCACGCCGAGCUGCAACACCCGCAUGUGCUGCACGUGGAGGGCGUCUUUGAGGACGCUCGAAAUUACUACAUGGUCCUUGAGUACUGCGCUCGUAGGUCCCUCUCAGCCGUCACCAAGGCUCUUCCGGGUCGGAAGAUGGACGAGCAUACAGCCAAGAAAAUAUUUCGUCAAGUACUGAUGGGUGUCGCGUAUUUACACGCCAGCGGCGUGAUCCACCGAGACCUCAAGCUUGCCAACUUGUUACUGAAUGGCAAUGGGGAGGUGAAAAUCUCAGACUUUGGGCUAGCAGCGAGACUCGGGGACGAUCACGUGACCAUGUGUGGCACGCCCAAUUUCAUUGCUCCCGAGGUGUUGAUGGCCGAGGACGAGCCGUAUGACGAGGCAGUGGAUGUGUGGUCGCUGGGGUGUAUUCUGUACUGUUUAUUACUGGGGAAGCCGCCAUUCGAAGGACGCAAAGUGAGUGAAACGCUGGAAAAUGUGGCAAACGCAGGACAGAACCCGCUCCAGUUUCCCGAUGGUUUUUCAUCGUCUGCCAGCGACUUGAUCAAGCGAUUGCUCACAUCGGAUCCUCGCAGUCGUCCUUCUGCUCAACAGAUUCUGCUACACCCUUGGCUACGUGAGCAAACUCAGAAGCGGGCGCCAAGUGGUAGACGCAGAUCUCUUCCACAUGUACCGCAACCUGUGCCUCCACACCCUCGUGCAGCAUCUCGAUCUCCUGAAAAGAUACGUGAAAGUCGCAGAGCUGCGGGAAUUCGGUUGAUGCGAGAGGAAGAGUCCGUGCUGUCAUCCUCCAGCUCGUCCAUCCCAGCAAUGACAAUAUCCAGACGACGUACAAUUGAACACAGUCGUCCAGGGUCUAAGCAGCGUGGACGUCCAGAAGCUCCAGCAAACAGGAUGAGGUAUUCUCAGAUGUCGGCUGCUUUUGCUAAUAGCAGUAGCGACAGCAGCUCCAGUCCCGAAGACGACAGUAUGAUCAUCGAUGACUACAGCGAUCUGUCCGAGCUAUCACUACCCACUACCUUCAAUGCCCACGCCGAGUCAAGAGAAAGGAAUGAGGAAAAGGAGAGACCGGAUCAAACUGACGAGAAAUCGCUUCUUGCCGUUUCGAGAAAUGCUGGUCCGAUCGUAUCGGUUGUGAUGCAUCUGGAACUGCAAGAUGUAUCGUGUCUCGGAAUCCCUCAAAGCCACGAAAUUUAUCCCAACGACUCGAAGGUGCAGUUGCAAUGGAGUUGUAAGGAGCCAGCAGAAGUGGGCAGACCACCGACAUUCGAGUUAAAGGUAUCCAGUGGGUGGGAAGCGUGCUACGAUCAAGCUAGCGGGGUGCUCACCGCCACAACUCCAGAAGGUGAUCCACUGCGCUACGAGAUCCCAGGUGUGAGUGGAGCGCGAGCAGGUUCCAGUGCAGCUUCAAGCUCUUCCACCCGCAUCACGCAGCGUGCGUAUUUGCCGCCGUUGGUUCGGUUUUGCCAGUGUCUCGCAUUGCGAGCCAUGCAGCUGCGCCAAAUUGCACUACGUGGUCACGCAAGUAAACUCCCAUUCAUUCAUUACGAUGCACUGCCAGAGUCGCUGCUGGAGUCGUUCCGAUACCGAUCAAGCUUGCUCACCGUCCCCCAUCAAGUUUCUCGCCCAAAUCAAGACUUGGGAGUAUCUGUCGAGCACUCAACUAGAGCUCAGAAGGGAGUCGAGAUUGCAGGUGUUGGGUGUGGAUAUAUCGACGCUACUGGAGACUUAAGAGUUGUGUUCCUGGAUGGAGCUCAGCUCACUUUAGCUGCCAGUGGAUUGCAACUACGGUUCCGUCCGUCUUGGGCGAGUGAUGUCAGCAACAGUGCGAGUGUCAAGGAGGAUGUAUUCGAACUGCUCACAACGAGUAGCAUGUCGUCGUUCUUGCCCUCGGCAGUCAAGCAAAAGUUGGAAAAUAUCCCCGAGUUCAUCCGCCGUCUCAAAGCAGUUAACUAA